AUGAGAAGUGUCAAUGCCGCUGCGGCUGCUAGCUCGGCCAUGACAGCUCCCAAGUCGUUGGACGUUAAGAACCCAGCGUCGGUUCGAAAUGUCGCCGCUACUCUUGCAUUCGAUGCCAUGUCCUACUACAAGGGCAACCUCUCCGCCGCAGACUCUGUUCAGAUGGGAGAUCUCCAGGAUCCUUACUACUGGUGGACGGCUGGCGCACUUUGGGGAUCCAUGCUAGACUACUAUCACUUCACCAACGACUCGACCUACAACGACGUUGUCAUCCAAGCUCUCCUGGCGCCCACGAAUCUCGGAGCCGAGCACGCGUACAUGCCUCCGGAGCACGCCUUCGAAGAGGGCAACGAUGAUCUCUUCUUCUGGGGCUCGGCUGCCAUCGCCGCUGCCGAGCGGAACUUUCCUCAGCCAAACACUACUCUGCCCUCGUGGCUGGACUUGGGAGCUAAUGUCUUCAACCAGCUGGCGAGCCGCUGGAACAAUCAGCACUGCGGCGGUGGUCUUUUGUGGCAAAUCUAUGCCUCCAACCCGAAUGGUCUGACUUACAAGAACAGCGUUAGCAACGGUGGCUUCUUUCAGAUUGCUGCUCGGCUGGCCCGCGCCACUGGCAACGACACAUACCUCGACUGGGCCGACAAGAUUUGGGAUUGGUCCAUGGACAUUGGCUUCAUCGAUCAUGAGUCGUUUCACGUCUACGACGGCGCUGGUAUCGACACCAACUGCACCAAGACAAACGUCGCGUCCUUCACUUACACCAGCGGUAUUUACCUGUACGGAGCUGCCAUCAUGGCAAACUACACAAAGAAGCCUGAGUGGACUCAGAGAGCCCAACAACUUCUCGAUGGCGCCGGAUGGUUCUUCACUCCGCCCAACGCCACGGCCAAGAAUGUCAUGUACGAAGGCGCCUGCGAAACCGUUGGUCGUUGCGACGCUGAUAUGACCACCUUCAAGGCUUAUCUCGCCCGCUUCAUGUGGCAGUCAACGCAAAUGGUUCCCUCACUGCGCAGCAAAGUCGAGAGUCUCCUCAUCCCCAGCGCUCAGGCUGCCGCUGCUACGUGCACAGGAGGCCCAACUGGCCGCGCCUGUGGACAGAAAUGGUACAUUGGCGAGUACGAUAACAUCCCCGGCCUGGGCCAAGAGAUGUGCGCGUUGGAGACGAUCCAGGGACUUUUGAUUGACGGCGCUGCUCCACCUCUGGAAGCCAAGGAUAUCAAGACGGUGCGGGAUAUCACCUGGGGUGCUCAGAGCGCCAAGGUGAGCGAUGCAUCCACAUCGAAGCCCUUGGAGACUACCAGGCGAGGCAUUGCAGGAGAUGCGCAACCGACAAACUCUGCUGGCAUGCGACUCAACCUCGAGAUGGGACCGAUUAUGGUUGUUGGUCUCGGUAUGUUGCUGGCGACUUGGGGACUGGCUUGA